AUGUUGAAACGAAGAACAUCGAAGCGGUUCGUUCUCGGGGAAGAGAACGCACAACAGCCAUCGUUCGACGAUGACGAACCAACAGAAGUUAUUCCCAACUUGACGCAGAAGUUCCAGAUGACGUUGCAAACGGAUCCUGAAGAGGAGAACAAAGAGAGGGAGGAGAAUGUGUAUCCGGAUAACCGGUUGUUGAGAGUGACUAAGACUUUGCAGCCGUCUAUGUCCCAAGGCACUGUGAUCCACAGUCAACGCUUCCAAGAGAAAGAUUUUACCGUAGCUACGCCUGAGGAGUUCGUCAGAAGAUUCCAGGGUACCAAACCUAUUAAUAAGGUGCUGAUAGCGAACAACGGUAUAGGUGCUGUAAAAUGUAUGCGUUCAAUCAGACGAUGGUCCUACGAAAUGUUCAAGAACGAACGGGCUGUGAGAUUCGUAGUGAUGGUGACACCAGAAGAUCUGAAGGCGAAUGCGGAGUACAUAAAGAUGGCGGACCACUACGUCCCCGUUCCCGGGGGGUCCAACAACAACAAUUAUGCCAAUGUGGAGCUGAUCGUGGACAUCGCUGUGAGGACACAAGUGCAGGCGGUGUGGGCGGGCUGGGGUCACGCGUCGGAGAACCCAAAGCUACCGGAGCUGCUGCACCGCGCGGGGGUGGUGUUCAUCGGGCCGCCCGAGAAGGCCAUGUGGGCGCUCGGAGACAAGAUCGCCUCCUCCAUCGUAGCGCAGACCGCCGACAUCCCCACUCUACCCUGGAGCGGCAGCGAUCUAAAAGCUGAAUACAACAGUAAGAAGAUCAAGAUAUCAUCGGAGCUGUUCGCCAAGGGGUGCGUUACGACACCUGAGCAGGGGAUGCAGGCCGCGCAGAAGAUCGGCUUCCCCGUCAUGAUCAAGGCUUCCGAAGGUGGCGGUGGGAAAGGCAUUCGGAAAGUGGAGAAUCCUGAUGACUUUAAUAACAUGUUUAGACAGGUACAAGCCGAAGUGCCUGGAUCUCCAAUAUUUGUGAUGAAACUCGCCAAGUCGGCUCGACAUUUAGAAGUACAACUCUUGGCUGAUCAAUAUGGUAACGCAAUAUCACUAUUUGGGCGCGACUGUUCAAUUCAGCGUCGUCAUCAGAAAAUCAUAGAGGAAGCACCGGCCGCUAUUUCUAAGCCUGACGUCUUCAUCGAGAUGGAGAAAGCCGCUGUCCGUUUAGCUAAAAUGGUCGGUUACGUCAGUGCGGGGACAGUGGAGUACCUGUACGAACCUACGACUGGAGCAUAUUACUUCUUGGAGCUGAACCCUCGACUGCAAGUGGAACAUCCCUGCACUGAAAUGGUGGCUGAUGUCAAUCUACCAGCUGCACAAUUGCAGGUGGCCAUGGGUCUUCCACUAUAUCACAUCAAGGAUAUUCGUCUACUGUACGGCGAGUCUCCCUGGGGCAUGAGUCCGAUAGAGCUGGACGAGCCCAAGCAGAGACCCUCGCCGUGGGGCCACGUCAUCGCAGCUAGAAUUACUUCGGAAAAUCCUGAUGAAGUGGAGUACCUCAUCACUCUGCUGGAGACGCCCGCCUUCCAGGAGAACAACAUCGACACCAGCUGGCUCGAUGCGCUCAUCGCUGAGAGGGUACAAUCAGAGAAGCCGGAUAUAAUGCUCGGUGUGCUCUGCGGCUCCAUUCUGAUAGCAGAUACCAUCAUCACAACCAACUUCCAAGAGUUCAAGAGUGGGCUGGAGAAGGGACAAAUCCAAGGUUCAAGUCAACUGUCCAACUGUGUGGAAGUGGAGCUGAUUCAUUCUGGCUCUAAGUACAAGGUGUCUGCUACCAAGUCCGGUCCCACUUCCUACUUCCUCGCUAUGAACACCAGUUUCAAGGAGUUGGAGGUGCAUCAUCUCACAGAUGGCGGUACACUUCUGUCAGUGGAUGGAGCUUCUUACACGACUUAUUUGAAAGACGAAGUUGACAAGUAUCGUAUUGUGAUUGGGAACCAAACCGUGGUCUUCGAUAAGGAGAAGGACCCGUCCAAGCUGCGAGCGCCCUCUGCCGGGAAACUGAUUAAUACUUUAGUUGAAGAUGGCGGACAUGUGGAUAAAGGACAACCUUAUGCGGAAAUUGAGGUGAUGAAGAUGGUGAUGACUCUGUCAGCCCCUGAGUCUGGUAAGAUAACCUGGGCCUUGCGACCUGGUGCUGUACUGGAUAUGGGAUCCCUGAUUGGUACAUUGGAGCUGGACGAUCCGUCCCUAGUGACGACAGCGCAGCCCUACAAAGGACAGUUCCCCAUUGGGGAGAGCACCACCUUCUCAGAGAAGCUCAACCAUGUUCACAAUAAAUAUAGAGCUAUACUCGAGAAUACAUUAGCUGGUUAUUGUCUGCCCGAGCCGUACAACACUCCUCGCCUGCGCGAAGUAGUUGAGAAGUUCAUGCAGAGUCUACGGGACCCGUCGUUACCUCUACUCGAAUUGCAAGAGGUAUUGUCGUCGACGUCAGGCCGCAUCCCCAUUGCUGUGGAGAAGAAGGUCCGCAAGCUGAUGGCGCUGUACGAGAGGAAUAUCACCAGUGUGUUGGCGCAGUUCCCCAGUCAGCAGAUCGCCAGUGUUAUUGAUCACCACGCAGCAUCUUUGGCAAAGCGUGCGGACCGAGAUGUGUUCUUUAUGAGCACUCAAGCACUAGUUUUAUUGGUACAACGAUAUAGAAAUGGUAUUCGCGGCAGAAUGAAGGCGGCUGUUCACGACCUUUUGAAGCAGUACUAUCAGGUGGAGAGUCACUUCCAGUUGGGCUCGUACGACAAGUGCGUGGUGAGUCUACGUGAACGUUACAAAGACGAUAUGCAAGCUGUGGCCAGCAUUAUAUUCUCUCACAACCAAGUCGCUAAGAAGAACCUAUUGGUCACCCUAUUGAUCGACCACCUUUGGUCCAACGAGCCGGGCUUGACCGACGAGUUGGCGUCAACACUCAAUGAGUUGACGUCACUGCACAGAGCUGAACACAGCCGGGUCGCGUUGAGAGCUAGACAGGUUCUGAUCGCCGCCCACCAACCAGCUUACGAGCUGCGCCACAAUCAAAUGGAGUCUAUCUUCUUGUCGGCAGUGGACAUGUACGGCCACGACUUCCAUCCAGAGAACUUGCAGAAACUCAUCUUGUCGGAGACCAGCAUCUUUGAUAUAUUACACGACUUCUUUUAUCACACCAAUGCAGCUGUGUGUAACGCAGCGUUGGAGGUGUACGUCCGUCGUGCGUACACGUCGUACGACAUCACGUGCCUCCAGCACCUGGCGCUGUCUGGCGAGCUCGGAGUUGUACAUUUCCAAUUUGUACUGCCCACCGGACAUCCUAACAGGAUCCCAAUCAGCCAAUCAGAGAUCGAGCUUUCAGCAGCUGAAGAUCAGGAAGGUAUACCAGCUGAGCUUUGCACCGCAGCCAUGAGGAAAUGUCACCACAGAACCGGUGCUCUGGCCUCCUUUGAGUCCUUCGACCAGUUCGUACAGUAUUCUGAUGAGCUUUUAGACUUGGUCCAUGAUUUCGCCAGCACGGCUACUGUCAGGAGAGAGGACCUGGCAGCUCUGCAGGAAGGCAGCGAGAGUCGGGACAGCACCAGUAUCAAUGUUGGGCUUGACUACAAGCCUGUGGACUCAGAAGAUGUGCCCCUGGAGCCGAUCCACAUCCUGAUGAUCGGCGUGCGCGACAGCGGCGAGAGCAACGACAGCGCCGUGUCGCGACGCUUCGGGAACUUCUGCCGCCUCCACCGGCACGAGCUGCAUCAGAAGAGGAUACGGAGGAUCACCUUCAUGUUGCUCAUCAAACGUCAGUUCCCGAAAUUCUUCACGUACCGAGCUAGGAACGACUUCAAAGAAGACACGAUAUACCGACACUUGGAGCCAGCUUCCGCCUUCCAGCUGGAGCUGUACCGCAUGAGGAGUUACGAGCUAGAGGCACUGCCCACCAGCAACCAGAAGAUGCAUCUGUAUCUCGGCAAGGCUAAGGUAAAGAAGGGACAGGAAGUGACAGACUACAGGUUCUUCAUCCGUUCCAUCAUCAGACACCAGGAUCUUAUCACCAAAGAGGCUAGCUUUGAAUACUUGCAGAAUGAGGGAGAAAGGGUGUUGUUAGAAGCCAUGGAUGAAUUGGAGGUGGCAUUCUCCCAUCCACUGGCCAAGAGGACCGACUGUAACCACAUAUUUUUGAACUUCGGACCCACGGUCAUCAUGGACCCGGCUAAGAUUGAGGAAUCGGUUCUUGGCAUGGUGAUGAGGUAUGGCCCUCGCCUAUGGAAGUUGAGGGUCUUACAGGCAGAGAUCAGGUUCACUCUACGGAUGGGGUCCCAACAUACCAGUGCGUCGCGGCGGACAAGUCUCGCUGCCUCUCAGCAAGGCAAGUUAGCCGCCGAAGGCUUUGGUCCUGGAGCUCCUACUAAGAAUGUCAGACUAUGUCUAUCAAAUGGGUCGGGAUAUACACUGGACAUUUAUACUUAUGAAGAAAUUUCUGAUCCGAGAACUGGAGUGAUAAUGUUCCAAUCGUACGGACCGAGGCAAGGGCCGAUGCACGGUCUACCGAUCUCCACGCCCUACGUCACCAAGGAUUAUUUGCAGCAGAAGCGGUUCUUGGCCACAUCGCAAGGUACGACGUACGUGUACGACAUACCGGACAUGUUCAGACAGAUGGUCGAGAGGAGAUGGAGGGAGUGCAUUGAGGAGGGCACCGUUGAUGGACCGCAGCCGGAUAUCGUGAUGUCUCUGGUCGAACUGGUUGUAGAGCCAGACGGUGAGAGACAAGUUAUGGAGGUGACUAGAUUACCUGGACAGAAUACUGUGGGCAUGGUAGCGUGGCGUUUAACCCUCUACACGCCGGAGUGUCCAGAAGGCCGUGAUGUCAUCCUCAUAGCAAAUGACCUUACCUACUACAUGGGGUCUUUCGGACCACAAGAAGAUUGGGUCUUUUACAGAGCCUCACAGUACGCCAGGAAACUGAAGAUACCCAGGGUGUACAUAAGUGUAAACUCCGGCGCGCGUAUCGGUGUCGCUGAGGAAGUCAAGGCGGAGUUCAACGUGGCCUGGAUUGACUCAGAACGGCCGGAGCGUGGGUUCAAAUACCUGUACCUGACCCCCGAGUGCUACACCAAGCUAUUACCCCACGGGUCGGUGAAGACGCAGCUGAUCGAGGAGGAAGGAGAGUCCAGAUAUAAGAUUACUGAUAUUAUUGGUAAGGAAGACGGUCUGGGUGUGGAGUGUCUGAGGGACGCUGGUCUCAUCGCCGGAGAGACGGCCCAAGCGUACGAAGACAUCGUCACCAUUUCCAUCGUCACCUGCAGAGCCAUCGGUAUUGGUGCAUAUGUGGUUCGGCUCGGUCACCGCGUGAUCCAAGUGGAGUCUUCAUACAUAAUUCUGACGGGUUACGCGGCGUUGAACAAGGUUCUGGGCCGCGCGGUGUACUCCAGCAACAACCAGCUCGGCGGAGUGAACGUCAUGCACCACAACGGGGUGUCUCAUUCCGUGGCGCCCACUGACCUGGAGGCAGUACGAACAGCUCUGCGCUGGCUCGCCUUCGUACCCAAGGACAAAUUGAGUACGGUGCCCAUAAUGCGUUGCGCGGACCCCAUCGACCGCGAUGUGGAGUGGUACCCACCCCGGGCCGCCCACGACCCUCGCCUGAUGCUGACCGGUGACGGCACCAGGGCAGGCUUCUUCGACGUCGGCAGCUUCGACGAGGUCAUGCAGCCCUGGGCGCAGACUGUCAUCACUGGUCGCGCCCGUCUCGGCGGCAUCCCCGUGGGAGUGGUGGCGGUGGAGACGAGGACCGUGGAGGUGACGCAGCCCGCCGACCCCGCCAACCUAGACUCGGAGGCCAAGACGUUGCAGCAGGCCGGACAGGUUUGGUUCCCGGACUCAGCCUACAAGACAUCACAAGCAAUAAACGACUUCUCCCGCGAAGGUCUGCCCAUCAUCAUCUUUGCCAACUGGCGUGGUUUUAGCGGCGGACAGAAAGACAUGUACGAGCAAGUGCUGAAGUUCGGCGCGGAGAUAGUGCGCGCGCUGCGCGGGGCGAGCGCGCCGGUGCUGGUGUACGUGCCGCCCGGCGCCGAGCUGCGCGGCGGGGCCUGGGCCGUGGUGGACCCCAGCGUCAACGCGCAGCGCAUGGAGAUGUACGCUGACCCCGACGCCAGGUAA